AUGAGUGACUGCAGACCAGUUCAUACACCCAUUUUGAAAGAUAAAGUAGUUUACACAGAAGAAGUUAAUGAAACAGAUAUCCCUUACCGUGAAGCUGUGGGAGCAUUGAUGUAUUUGAUGAUGGGGACAAGACCUGACUUGGCAUACUCUAUUAGUGUUUUGUCACGUAAAUUAGAAAAUCCCUCUAAAGAAGACUGGAUCAAGGUUAAGCGUGUAUUUAGAUACAUUGCAAACUCCAAGCAAAAAUGCAUCAUUUAUAAAUCAGGCUAUAAACCAGGAAUUUUAGAAUGUUUUAGUGAUGCUGACUUUGUUGGAUGUAUUCAAACAGGCAGAUCAACCAGUGAAGUAAUAUGUUUGUAUGCAGGUGGAACAAUAUCUUGGUUGAGCCAAUGCCAAGGCCAUGGUUGCAACAUCAACUACAGAAGCUGA